AUGGGGCUGACGUCAAUAAAACUGCCAUUAUUAUUGGUAAGUAAUACUUUAGAAUCAAUAUAAAGCCUAUUAUAGCGUCAGAAAAAUCUUGUCGUUUUUGACCGUGCAAGUCAAUGUAAAUUGGCGACAAGACUUUUUUACACUUUUUUAAAACUAAUAAUGAAAAAUUUGAAAUGAAUUUUAAAGUAAUUUUAAAUUUAAUAUUUUACAGGCCACCUUACUGUGUCACAUCUCAAUCACAGCAGCGCAUUACGCUCAACAAUCAGCCUAUGGUCCAGCCGUGCCUCAACAGUCCCCAGUGACUUAUAACCUACAGCCUGUAUACCAACAACCUCAAGCUUAUCAACCUUCACAAGGCUACUCACAGAUAGUUCAACCUUAUGGUGCUGGUGGUGCACUAUCACAAGCAGGUGGAUCAUUUGGACAAGCUGGUUCUGUCGGGCAAGGCGGAUCAUUUGGGCAAAGCGGUUCAUUCGGACAACCAGCACUGAACGGUGAAGCUAAUAUUGUAAAUGCAGCUGGCGUAUCUGGUGGAUCAUCUUCAGCUCUAGCAGGAGGUAUACCUGGUGGACCUGGAAUUCGUUUCAGAGUCAACAAACCUGCCUUCAGAUAUGCUGGAGAGAUGAUUGCACCUAUCUUGAGUAAUCAGAUCAGAAAUGCUAGGAUUCCUGGGAUUCAUCAGUGCUUGCCACAGGUUAGUUGGGUUAGAAUUUUAGGAUAUGGUUGAGGAAAAGUAAAAUACGAUGUAUCUGUCUAUGUUUUUUCUAUCGUAACAAGCAACACAAUUUUAAUAGUUUAGGUCGAUGGCUGUAUCCGCGUUGACAAUAUCUUCAUUUCAAACUACCAAUGUCCAGAAAGAAUUCAGAUUCGUCCAGCAGCACCAAACCAAGUCCUUAUUGUUGUGAAGAACGCCAACUUCCAGUAGGUUUUGUAUAUUUUAAACCUUAAGUAGGACCGGGUUAUAAUGUGGAGGUGAAGUUCAGGGUAUACUUGUAAAGGGGAUGACCUAAGCUCAAAUUUUGGCUUUGGAUCUUAGACGUAGUGGGCCUCUUUUCAAGUAUAGCUCACGUAGAGUGGGCUGUAUAGGUAUAGCUCAGGUAGAGAAGGGUAUAGUAGAGUAAUUAGGAGGAGGGAUAUAGAAAAAAUUUUUUUGACAAAGAAAAAAAGUGAAAAUCGUUUUUAAUUUAUCAAAUUUAUUAUUUUGUUACCUAAAAUGUAACUUUUAAUAUUUCUUUUCAGAGUUACGGGUAACCUCGCCGGCAAAGUCACGGUAUUGGCUCCGCUAGCUCUUGGUGGCCAAUUUGUAGCUACUGCUCAAGGAGUAAGUUUGAAAACUCAAUAAUUUGUUUAAAUUUAAAAUUUUCAGCAAAAAGGUCUAAAAUUUUCAAAAAAAAUUUUUUUUUAAUUUUUUAAAUUUUUUUAAUUUUUGAAAAUUCAAAUAAAUGAUAUUUUUUAAAUUUAAAAAUUUCGAAAUUGUAGAUUUCAAUUUCCGUUGGUUUGACAGUCCAAAGAUCUGCAACAGGAGGCCUCAACGUCGCCAUUUCAUCGUGCCAUGCUACAGUCGGCUACAUUGGCCUUCAAAUCAUCAAUGGAGGAACUUUGGGAGAGUUGGCUAGCAGCCCAACCUUUUCUGUGAGUUUGUCUCAAGGCCAUAUUUAAACUUUUUAACAAAAUUUAAAAGUAAAAAAAAAUUUUGGCUAAAUUUUUACCCUAAGCCAAGAUUUUUUUAGUUUAUCUAGAGUAAGGUAUGGUGGCAUAAACUAGUUUUUUUUAGCUAAAACAAGAAAUUUUAGCAAAAAAUCUCGCGAGCGAUGAAGAAGAUCCUCCCUCCUCGAGUAUGUGCUCAACUUCCACAAAUCCUGAACCAGCAAGUCAACAGUCGUCUUGGCAACAUCCCGAUGAGCAUCCCCUUGACCAAGAUCCUUGAAGUCGCUGGUGGAGCAUUGAAAACCGUCCUCGGUGACGAUUCAGCUCCAAAAGCUGAAUGUCCAGCUGAAUGUAAGGAAGGUGCUUCCAGCUCAAGUGAUGCUGGAACUAGUUCAAAUGAUGCUGGAGUUGAAGGAGGAAGCUCGAGUGAUGUUAACAGUCAGUUGAGUGCUUCACCGCCUCCAGCUGAUCCUCCAAGUAGAGGGUAUGGAAGCGCCAGAGCGUCGAAGACUCAUAAGACAAGAGUCAGCCGGGUGACUGGACGAGUAGUAAGUUGAGAAGUUGUGGAAGGGUGGGGUAAUCUACAAAAAAAUGGAUUGUUCAAAUAAUUCUGCGUCCUCCCCACCUCCGAAAAUGUGUUUUGAGAGGGGGCGCAGAACUAUUCGAACAUUCUAAAAAUUUUUUUUAAUUUUUUUAAAAUUCAAAAAAUUAAAAAAACCUUAUUCAGAAGCCACGUUCCCCACGCACUGCUACUCAGCUUCAACGUCCUUUGAGAGCUUCUCCUCGCUCCUCCACCUUAUCUCGUCAUGUUAUCCAGGCCGCUCAAACAGUUAAACGUCAAGUUGAUUGUACACCAUGUAACGGAGGCGGAGGUGGUGACACUGCUUCAUUCUUGACUACUUUCACCAAGUCUUUGGAUAUGGUAAGGUUAACUGAAGUAAAAAAUGCAUUUGUUACCUAAAAGUCAUUUUUUGUAAAUUUUGUUACCUAAAAUUCGGAUUUUAUACAUUUUGUUACCUAAAAAUAAUUUUUUUCCUAAAUUUUAUUACCUAAAAAUCAUUUUUUUUAAAUUUUGUCACUUAAAAAAUCUUUUUUUUUUAAAUUUGUUACCUAAAAAUCAUUUUUUUUGAAACUUUAUUACCUAAACUUCCAUUUCCAGUCCAAACUCAACGAUCUCCAACUCUCAUUGGGACUUCUGAACACGUACGCUUCGUCGCAAGACUUUGUAGCCGACUUGCAAGGUGAAUUCUCUCCAAAUGCUGUUGGUGGUACACCAUUCUCGCCAUUCCCACUUCAAUUCCCAGCUCCACAAGGGCCACCAAGAAUGGUCGAGGGUUUGGUCAGCGACUACACCAUCAACUCGUUGUUGUACUGGCUUCAUCAAAAGCAAUUUAUCAAUAUUAGGAUUGGUAGGUUGAUUUUAAUGAGUUUUAAGUUAGAAAAGGAGGGAAAAACUUAAUUUUUAGGUAAUAAAAUUUAAAAAAAGGUUUUUAGGUAACAAAAUCUCAAAAAAUAGUUUUUUAGGUAACAAAAUUUUAACAAAAGUCAUUUUUAGGUAACUGACUUUCAAAAAAUUAUAUUCUAGGUAUGAAAAUCUCAAAAAAAUUGAUUUUUAGGUAACAAAAUUUGAAAAAAAUAGUUUUUCAGUUAACAAAAUCUCAAAAAAUUAUUUUUUAGGUAACAAAAUUUUAAGAAAAGUCAUUUUUAGGUAAAGAAAUUUCAAAAAAUUAGAUUUUAGGUAACAAAUUCUCAAAAACUUAUCUUUCAGGUCCCGACACCCCCAAAAUCGGUGACAUCUUGAAGACCACCUGCUCCGACGACGAAGACGAAGGCCUAGAAGAUCACGGUGUUGAACUAGACGACGGAACCGGUAGCUCAACUGAUAUUGCACUUCGAAAAGUCCGAGCCAAACGUCAAGAUGAUGAUGGAGGAAGUCUGGCUGAUCUUGGCAUCUGUCUUGGUGACAUUCUUCCAGCAGUUCGUGAGGAACAUCCCAAUGAGAAGAUCGAGAUUGUGGUGAAGAGUAGCGAAGCUCCAACUGUCGUGUUGAGCGAUGGUAAAGCUCGAGUUACCUUGAAGAUUGAUGCUGACCUUUAUAUCCAAAGCUCUCAAGAGAAGGUUGGGACUAUUGCAGUCAAUCUGAUUGCUGACGUUGAGGCUUCUACUGCUAGUAAGUUUGGUUUUGUAGCUCAUCGUUUACUGUUUCCUACCUUACUCUACCAUAUCUUACUUUAUCCCACCUUACUCUACCUUAUCCUAGCUUACCUAACCUACCCUGCCCUAAAAAUUAAAAAUUUUUAGACGGCAGACUCUCAGGUACCGCCACCAUCGACACACUCGACCUGAAGGACAAGGAACAAACUCUAGGCUUGACCCAAGAAGCCUUGGACAAUUUGGCUGGACUGGGCAAGGACUUUGUUGAGAAAGCCAUCAAUGACGCCUUAAGCAAGGGAAUCUCAUUGAACAUACCACCUGGAAUUGGUGGACUGCCAGUCAGUUUCCAGAACCCUGACUUCAGAAUCAUCGACCAUGCUUUGUACGUAGCCGCCGACUUGUCUGUGGAUCCGGCUGGACUUGCACCGCUUUUGGCUCAACAAGGUCUUUCUUUGACUCCUGAUCAGUGUGGAUCUCGGAAUGGUCGAAAAUAA